AUGUCCUUGAGUAAUGGUAAUGAGUUGUCUCACAACCUACAGGCACUUGAUCUAAAUAAUCAACAACCAUCAUUUCAUACAAACAAAAAGAGAUCAAGAAGAGCAUUUCACACAAGCUUUAAUUCCCCCGUGGCAACUGCGUCACCCACUCCGGCACCUGUAUCUCCACCUGGCAUACCACAGACAUCAGGUUUUGGUGAGGCAUUGAACUCGCAGUUUCUAGGAACACAACAAUACCCACCGCAAAAUCAAUCUAUUUCAGUCAGUUACGAGUCACCAAAUACACAACAAUCAGUGCCGUCUUUGCAAGCACACAGAUACCAGCAGCAGAAAGAAUAUGACACACCAAAUGAGGAAGGAAAUUACAAAUCCUUUCUUACAUUUUCUGAAACUGUUCCUCCUGAUGCAGGUGUUCAAUUCCAUUUCACUGAUCAAGGUACUGCAUCCUCCAAGUAUAUGCGCUCGACAAUGUAUUACGUUCCAGAAUCAGAAAAAAUAAGACAAGCGAGUAAACUUCCAGUUGCAGUGACUAUAAGACCAUUUGCCCCUCUUUUGGAUACAGAGGAACCAGUACCAACUGUUGACUUCCAAGAUGACAACAACCUCGACUCUUCUACGAAAAAUGAUGAUCCAUUGAGUAAAGGUCCAUUGAGGUGUCACAGAUGUAGGGCUUAUGUUAAUUCGUCGAUGCAAUUUACCCACAAUCAAAGAUUUAUUUGCAACAUUUGCCAAUUUGCCAACAAUGAAGUGCCACUGGAGUACGCGUCAGCACUUGAUGCCAGGGGAUUUAGAAUUGACAAGUUUGUUCGUCCCGAAUUGCACAAGAGUGUCUAUGAUAUGCGUGUUCCAAAAGAGUACAAUUUUGGGGGCACUAGUAGGGACCCAGAACCAUUGCAUAUUGUAUUCUUGAUUGAUAUCACAGAAAAUAGUAUUAAACAGAAUUUACCCAUUCUAGUGAGUGAAUCCAUCAGAGCAACUUUGUUCAAUUACAAUGAUGAAUCAACUACAGAGCCAAUUCCAUAUAAAAUAGCCAUUAUUGCUUUCGAUAAAAAGUUGCAUUUUUUCAACUUGUCGGCGAAACUCGAAAGAACUCAGGUAUCAAUAUCCUCAGACCUUGAGGAUCCUUUUGUUCCAUUUGAUGAAGGAUUGUUUGCAGACCCCGAAGAAAGCAGGCUUGUUAUAGAGGAUGCGUUAAAUUAUGUAGAGCAGUUGUGCCAUUCCGACACACAUGUGUUUGAUUUAGAGCCUUGCUUUGCAGUCGCUUGCAAAACUGCAGGUAUGUGCUUGGAAAUGCAUGGUGGAGGCAAAAUAGUUUCAGUGUUGUCGAACUUGCCUUCAUGGGGUCCAGGAGGUUUGAGGUAUAAGGACAAUAAAGCAGUUGGCCGAACCCCAGCUCCUGAAGUGGAGAGGAAGAUCUUUUUACCUGACAAUGAGUACUAUAAAAAUACGACCAAAGGAUUCAUUGAGAAAAGUAUCGGAUUGGACCUUCAUGUUGCUUGCCAUACAUCUGUUGAUCUUUCAAAUCUUGGAUUCAUAGUGUCGUCCACCGGAGGUGAGUUGACACGUUGGCCAAACCUCGUAUAUGAAAGGGAUGGUCGUUUGUUUAUCGCCAAAUUCAAAAAUUCAGUUGUAAAUACUAGUGGGUAUCAAGGACAGUUGAAAUUACGUUGCUCGAAUGGGUUGCAGGUUAUCGAUUAUUAUGGAACGUCGUCGUCUGUAAGGGAUGCUAGUAUCUUGGGUUCGGUACAAGAUCCGGUAGUCCCUGUGUUGAGCAAAGAUCAUACAUUUACAGUGUUGCUCCAAUAUGAUGGCACACUUAGUCGGAAGUUAGAUUGCCAUUUCCAAGCCGCUUUGCUUUACACUGACAAUUUUGGCCAAAGAAAGGUUCGUGUUAUCAAUUUGGUUUUAGCAGUGACCAAUAAACUAGAAGAUGUUUUCAAUUUCGCCGAUGAAAAUGCCAUUGUUGCCACUUUGGUGAGAGACACGCUCAACUUUGUUGGUCAGCAAACAUUGGCAUCAUUAAGAGAGUCUCUCAAUACCAGGUUGGUGGAUGUCUUUUCACAAUACCGAGCCAUGACCGAGUAUGGGCAUAACAGUGCUAGAUCAAUGAACAAUAACCUUUUGUUCCCCGAUUCAUUGAAACACUUGCCUAUUUACAUAUUGAGUUUUUUAAAGACUCACGCAAUAAAUGCAUCCACAGGAUUAUCAGCCGAUGCAAGAUUGGUUGACUUGUUUAACAUGUUAAACAUGCCUUUAGAGAGAUUAAUGUACCACUUGUACCCUGCGUUGGUUGAAUUACAUUCAUUAACCCCGGAGGAGGGAGUUAUAGACGAGGCAACUGGCUUCACCUUAGUCCCUGAAUACAAAGAUUUGAAAAUGAAGAGUUUGGAUCGCGGUGUCUAUAUUUUGUGCGAUGGGUUACGAGUGUAUGUUUGGCUUGACCCAGAAGCAAAUAUAAUGUUGAUUAAGGAUCUUUUUGGGGAUCAAUAUGAAAGCAUAGAUGAAAUUGAUGCCUUUAUUGACCAGUUGCCCGACUUGCCAUCAGAAAUUUCCCAGCAAGCUCGCAACUUGGUACAUUUUCUCAACAAACACAUUGUUGGUGCCGAUACCCUAUCAAUACAAAUUAUAAGAAAAGGUAUCGAUGGUUCUGAACACAAUUUCAAAGAGCUAUUACGAGAGGAUAGUUUCGGAGGAGCAAUGAAGGCCGCAAAUGGAAUAGGGUUUGCCGAGUAUCUCACUAGCUUGCAUAAAGCUAUAAAAGUUCAAUUGGAGAGCGAUAAAGCAUCACAAACUAUUCGACAAUCGAUAUCAACUGUUGAACAUGACUCGGGUACUUUGGCACAAAGAUUGAUCAACUUUUAG